GGCGCGGCGCACGCGCGCUGGCGGUUGAUGUGGCUCAAGCGGAGCUGGGUUGUCGCAGGCGGUGUGAGGAUGGCGAGCGCUCAGAGGCCUCCCCCCGGGGCCCGACCCUUCAGUAAAGGGGGCAGUGGGAGACCGCCCAUGACGGUGGCCCGAGCUCCGCCGACAGCGUUGCGUGUAGGCACCGGCAUAUCUCCUGGAACAGCGAGACCUGGAACUCGUGGUGGGCCUAUAGUGCCAGGAGGUGUGCUGUCUGCUCAGAUUAAAGUUGCAGAUCGCCCUGUAACUCAGCAGGGUUUGAGUGGAAUGAAAACUGGAAUGAAAGGACCACAUCGUCAGAUUUUGGACAAGUCCUACUUUCUUGGACUACUCAGAGCCAAAAUAAAUGAACUUACAACAGAAGUCAGCAAGCUACAAAAGGAAAUCGAUACAUUUAAUCAAGAAAAUUCUGUCUAUCUAUCCUAUGAAAAGAGGGCUGAAGCAUUGGCAGUAGAAAUUAAAGAUCUGCAAGGGCAACUAGCAGACUACAAUAUGCUGGUAGAUAAGCUGAACACCAAUACCGAUAUGGAAGAAGUUAUGAAUGACUAUAACAUACUCAAAGCACAAAACGAUCGAGAAGCACAGAGCAUGGAUGUAAUCUUUACAGAGCGACGAGAGAAAGAAGACCUCAUUCGAGUUAUCGAUGAAGAAAUUGAGCGAGAAAAACAAGCGGCAGAUACCAUCAUCAAAAACAUGGCAGAAGACAAACAAGCCAGAUAUAUGAAAAUGAAAGCAAUUAAUGAGCAUUUGUUACAGGAGUUGGAUGCUCGACAGCAAGAGCUGGAUAUAUUAAACAUGAAAAAGGAAACCCUGGGGGCUGAGAUAGCUCAUUCCCAGGUGAAGCAAGAAGCUGUGGUGCUGUAUGAAAAGCUCCAUGAGCUUGAAUCUCACCGUAGUCAGAUGAUUGCAGAGGAUAAGAGUAUGGGAUCGCCACAGGAGGAGAGGGAACGACUACUAAAGCAGGUUAAAGAAGAUAACCAGGAAAUAGCAAGCAUGGAAAGACAACUUACUGAGAUGAGGGAGAAAAUUAACCAGGUAACUGAGGAAAUUCGGCAUCUUGACAUGGAUCUGGAAGAGCAUCAAGGUGAACGGAAUCAGAAGUACAAAGAGCUAAAGAAAAGAGAAGAAACAAUGGAUGCAUUCCUGGAUACCUAUGAAGAUAUCAAAAACCAAGAGUUGGAACGGAAGACGCAGCUUGAGGCUAGUAUUGUAGCCCUUCUAGAGCACACAAGCAGGAAUAUGAACCGAAUGAGACAGAUCUCCUCGAUAACUGCACAUGAACUGAAGUCCAUGCAAGAGGACCUGAAUUUCAAGGAAACUGAAAUGCAGAAAUCCCAGACGACUGCUAAGGGUUUGACAGAUGAGAGCCAACGGCUCCAACAGGACCUUCAGAAAGUUGAGCAGUUAGAAAGCAAGAUUGGUGCUGAGCUGAGUUCUUUAAAGGAAAAGAUUCAGCAGAUAACAGAUGCUCUGGAAACUUACAGCAACUUGGAUGGACUAAAAGCUGCUGGAGAGGAGAAAAAGAAGAAACUUCAGGAGGAGAAAGUGACACUAACACAACGCAGAAACAUCUUUAAGAAGGUCAUGCAGCAAGUCUCAAAGGAGUACGAUACUCUGAAGAUGCAGCUACAGGAAAAUGAGACCCAUGCACAGCUAAUGAAUCUGGAACGCAAAUGGCAGCACCAUGAGCAAAACAACUUUGUUAUGAAAGAAUUCAUUGCUGCAAAGGGUAUGGAAAGUGACUACCAGCCAGUUGUGAAGAAUGUGGCCAAACAACUUGCUGAGUUCAACAAAAUACUUCAAGAGGCCCUUCAAAACACCAGAAAUUGACCUAAACUCCUUCCUGAAUAAUCUGAAAGGAUAUUAAAGAAAAUUGUUUUUUUUCAACUGGAGAAAUUUUCAUAAGGAUAAGCUUGUACUUUAUAGUCGAGUAAACUUUUUCCAUACUACAAAUUUUGUAUAAAACAUUGCACUAGUACGUUUUGUUUUACAUAGGACUGAGUCUUAACUCCAUGAACUACUACAGCCGUUCCUAUGCAUCUGGGGAAAUAGCAUGCAGAGACUUUAAUGUGUAUGAUCAAUGUUAGAAAUGAGAAACAAGACCAUUCGGUUACCCUUUCUCUACGAACCAAACUAAAUUGGACAGGUUCACGUUGUUGAAAUAGUUGGAAAUAAAAUGGUUAAGCUAGCACUACAAUAAGAGGAAACCAUUAGCUGAACUCAAUGUACUGUCUCACAGUUACAUUGAACCACACAAUAAGUAUUUCACAAAGAACUAUUUGCUGUCAUGGAGGUUAAGCGAAGUGAUUUGGUUUUGUGUUGCAACUUCCAUUAAACUGUGUCCUAACUUCAUAUUGGCGAAUUUGAAAAGGGGCUUGAUUAUGCGACAGAAAUUACCCUGUUGCAUGCAAUGUAAUAUAGCAUUUCUCUUAUUAAUUCUAUAGCAGGUAACUUUAUUUCCAACUGAAAUACAUCAAAAUAAAAGGUACAUGUGUAUUCAUCUCUGAAUUUAUUCAUCACAGAAGUUUAUUGAUGAGAUACUUUACUCUGAUUUUCUGUUUUAUUCUACAAUGGCAGUUUAAAUGUGCUCUGUUUUGUUUCAGCAAUCCAAUAAAAAUAGAGUAUUUGUG